UAAGUAGUGCUCAGCAAAUGUGUUUUGACGACCAUUUCCGAACGUCAUCAUGAUGGGAGAGAUUGAAGAAGUUUAGUGAGUGUCUUGCCCGUGAUCUUGAGAUAUGUCGGGUGGUCCAUCUAAACCGAGCACUAGCAAGCGUGCUCGAGAGCUGGACACCACCAACGCCACUAAGGGGGUGUGGUUAGUCAAGGUGCCCAACUAUCUGGACGAGGCUUGGCGUAAAGCGCUCCCCUCUACUGACCUAGGGGUCAUGACCAUUAACAAUGAUCCGAGUGCCGUGAAUGUGACCUUCAACCUCUCCGAGGAGCUAUCCCACCAGACAGACCCUGACCAGCCUCCUCUGCCCACUAAGCACAGAGUAGUAAUGCAGUCUCUCUCCAGUCAGAGUCUCUCAGUGUUCUCUGAGGGUGAAGGUGGUGGUCAGGUAGUGGCAGAGGGCAAGGUGUCUCAGAGGGCAGACAUACAACCUCUAGACAGUGCUGCAUACAUGAAGCUCAAACAACAUCAGAUUAGAGCUGCUGGUAAAACGAAAAAUACAGCGACUAAACUGGACUCUACCCCACUGAGCUCGAUCAAGCCUGUGGCCAGUCAUCCUGAGGCCAAGGCUAAGGCUAGCAAGCAAUUAGACAAGAGGGCUAGGGAUGACAGAGACAAAGUCCUCAACAGCAUCUUCCAAGCCUUCCAUGCUCACCAGUUCUACGCCUUCAGGGAUCUCGUGCAAAUCACCAAACAACCACCAAUGUACCUGAAGGAGCUGCUGAAGGAGGUGUGUCUCUACAAUACCAAGGCUCCACAUAAGAACACUUGGGAGCUCAAGGCAGACUACAAACGAACUGGCGAAAGCAGUUGUGACUAAAAUUGAUAUUGUACAAUUAUUUUUUUGCACUGAAUUUCAUGGCACUCCCAUAUAUCUCGUUGAUGAAUUAAUCGUAAUUAUAA